AUGUCGGCGGCUCCGCGGACUGCCAUCUGCGGCCUCUCGAUCGCCUUCCGGCCCCGCGCCUGUCUCCUUUGCGCGCGUGUGUCUCCUCCGGCGGUGGGCGACUCUCAUGGCGAGAGCGGCCGCAAGCAGAACUCGUUUUGCGCCUUUCCUCGAAUGCCAAGAGAAGACUACUCGGAACAAGUCGGUGACGAACGCAAUCACGCUCAGCCACAGGAACCUUCGGAAAUCGUUGGAGCAGAGAGAGCAGAUCGAGAAGGCAGCGCGCUCGCGGCAGGGUCGACGAGGGAAUGCCUGAAAGAAGACAGGCUGCAGAGAAGGAGAGGCAGAGACAUGGAGACAACGAGAGCGAGGCAAAGUGGAGGAGACCGAACGCGCGUUUCGCAGGAGAUGAAAACAAGCCGGUUUUCCUUUGAAGUUUGUGAAGCAAGAGGACGAUUAAGGCAGACGCGCGCGGACCCCCGAGUGUCGCAAGAGUCAAGGUCUCGGGGCGCUCCCGUUUCUCUCGGAGGGGGAACUCUCGCGUCGCACCUCUCCUUAUCUUUCCUCCCAAUCGAUUCAUCUUUUCUCUCCAGGUGGCCUCACGCUGGUCGCCCUUUUGCCGGUUCUCUCGCCUUCCCUUUGGCAACUCUAAAGUGCUUUCUGUCUUCGAGUUCUUCUUCUUCGGCUUCUUCGAAUUCCUCGUCUUCUUCAUCUUCCUCGUCUUCUUCGUCUUCGUCUACGUCUGAUACAUUGUCUUCGGGUAGUGCGUCCUGUCGUAGUUCGACGAACGCAUCGAAUCUUGUUUCUCUCUUCAGUUCUUCUUCUCUUUCUUCUUCUCAAAACUCGCAGCUGGCUGCCGUCCUGAACUUCACCGCGGAGCUCCUGAGUCGAUUAGAGAAGCCUCACGAGCACGGCCCGGUUCACACAAAUGUGAUGCUUGGCUAUGUCCCUCCACCUUACUCACCUCCUUCUUCUUCCUCUCCUUCUUCCUCUUCUCCUUCUUCCUCUUCUCCUUCUUCCUCUGCUCCUUCUUCCUCUUCUCCGUCUUCCUCUGCUUCUUCCUCUUCUUUCUCUGCUUCUUCCUCUCCAGUCGCUUGCGCGUUGUCGACUCCUGCAGUUUCUCUGCCUCGGGCAGACUCUCUCUCCACGACGACCAGUGCAUUUGAUGUUUUCUCGCACAUCGAGUUGACAGAGGAUGCUGUACGUCUCGAGUUCAAACACACUGGCCACCCGCUCUACCAGCUCCUGACUCGUGUGAAGAUCCUCACUGAAGGCUGGGAGUUUCCUGUGGAGCUUCUGCUUGCCUUCGACAAGGCACAGGAAGGCGAGAAGACGCCAGAGAGCACGAGCGAGCGAGAACGAAGGACGGUGGAGGGACAAAGCGAGGCGGUUGCCCACGAGGAAGAAGACGCGGACGCACUGUGGCACUCCUCCGACCAGCAGCUCUUCUGGCUGCGGCCGCGGCCUGCGAGGCCUGAGCUGUCUCAGAGGGAGGAGCGAGAGGUCCGACAAAGCAGCAAGCGGACUUCUCCCCUCUCUUCUUCUUCUCGUCCGCCGUCGCCCUCGCCUUCAGCGCAGCAAGCCGUUGUGUUCGACAUGGCUAGCAGCGUCGAAGAAAACCGCGAGAACGGGGGUGGCAGAGGAACCACGGACGAAGCGAGAGAGCAAGGGGACAGCGAAGCAGCGAGAGAGAAAGAAAGAAAGACAGAGGAGAACGCCUGGUGGGAAGGCAGAGCUCUCGUGCGGGACGUGAUCAACUGCACUUCCGCUGGUGGCGGGGCGACGGUGGUUCUUGAUCGGGAGCUCUUCACAGCUCGCAUGGUGAAACUCAAAGCUGCUUUGACGAAGAAGAAGCAGGAGGAGGAAGGAAACGGACGACCGCAGGAACAGGGAUAG